CUUAAGGCUUAGUUUCAUCCACCUCUUCCCCAAGAGGCCUGUUAGCUAUUGUUCUCUCUUUGAUAAUAAGAUAUAGUGGCCCUUGCCUGCCGGGCCGCCGGCACAUCGCGCAGCUGCCAGACCAAAUCCUCCAUGCUAAUUUUCACACUGAAUUCAUCGUAUAUACGGCCGAUGAUCCCGAAAUCUCUACAGAAAUGGAGGCCCGAGCCCGGGUUCCCAUUCAAGUGUGGCUUGGAAAUCCACACACAGCUCAAGACUAAGCACAAGCUUUUCUCGUUGUCCCGAAACGCGGCCGAAGGCCCUCCUAAUAGUAACACGUCGUAUUUCGACGUGGGUCUUCCGGGCACGUUUCCCAAGUUGAACCCGGAAGCGCUUCUUCUAGCCUUGAAGGCAGCUGCAGUCUUGAAGUCACGUGUGAACCCAAUCUCGUCUUUUGAUAGAAAACACUACUUCUACCUAGACCAGCCUCUUGGGUACCAAAUCACGCAACAUUACAGGCCGUUGGCAAAUGGCGGCUCUUUGCAACUCACCAGAAAUUUCGACGAUGUGCUCGAAGACAAGACAAUCGGCAUUGAGCAGAUCCAGAUAGAGCAGGACACGGCCAAAUUGAACUACGACGCUUUCGGCCAGUCCACUGCGAUCGACUUCAACCGGGCAAACGUGCCUCUAAUAGAACUAGUCACGAAGCCGGACUUCAACCAUUUGCUUCAAGUGCGUGCAUUUGUCAAAAAGUACAUUGGCAUCAUGACUCAUUUGGGUGUCUGCUCAGGCGACAUGGAAAAUGGUGCCAUGCGCUGUGACGUAAACGUUAGCGUUGCGGGCGGAAAUAGAGUCGAGAUCAAAAACUUGGGCAGUACUUCCGAAAUCGCUGCUGCUGUGAUCUACGAAUACGCCAGACAGGUCAAUCAUCUUAAAUCUAGUGCCCUGCCGAUCGAGCAAGAAACAAGGGCCUGGAACGGCAAGGAAACUGUCAGGACCCGGUCAAAAGAAGAUGCUGUGGAUUAUAGAUAUUUUCCAGAUACGGAGCUCCCGCUUGUGCAUUUGAAACCAGAAAUCACCCAGCAAAUCUCGGCCAUGCUUCCAGACCUUCCCGACCAGAUCGUUGAGAAACUAAUGCUGGACCCGUUUUUACUCGAAAAAAAACACGCCAAGUUCUUAGUAGAGUCUCGCUCAAUUCACGCCUACUACAUGGACAUCCAUGAUAUCCUCGUGUCUAGAGCCUCCGGGUGUCUGGCAAAGACCUUGAACAACUGGUUCUUCCACAACCUACUUGGAACAUUUAAGAAGUUCGAUCAACCCGUCGACCCAUCUGUAUUACCGGCUGACAAAUUUGCUUCCUUGAUCAUGAUGGUGCAGAACAACGAAAUUUCACUGACCUCCGCAAAGCUCAUUCUCACCGCUUUGAUCCAGUCCCCUGAAACCACGCAGUCUCUCAGCAUCAGAGAAAUGGUAGACCACUAUGACUUGGGCGCUCCUGCAGAUCUUGCAGAGGGCGAGUUUGAAAAUGCUGUGAGAGAUAUAUGCUUGGAGAUUAUAGACAAUCAUCCUGACGUGGUGGAGACAGUCAGAAAGGGGAAGCACAAGUCCAUUAAGUUUUUGAUCGGACAGGCUAUGCGGGAAACACAGGGCAAGGUCGACUCUAGAAAGUUUGAUCAAUGUUUUACAAGCCUUCUUCUUGGCAGAAAGGACUAGGGCCAAGUACCAAAUCAACCGUUUAUUUAAAAAAAGACAAGUGAACUAAAAAGAAGCUGUGUCGUUCGAGUCGGGCAGCAAGGAAAAGGGUUCUUUUUCAAGAACUAGCGUCUGGAAGUGCUCAUACUCGAUCUGACUGAGCCCAACUGUUUCCUCUGUUGACUGCGUUUGCUUCGAGGUUUGGCGAC